GAACAACUCAAAAAGAAACUGGAGAUCUCGAAUUUCGAGCCAAAUAGCAUCUUGCGUGGAGCGCAAUUGACUGUCGUCGGAGCUCUGAGGGCAUUGCAGAACCCUGCUUUAUUCACAUCUGAGCACUACAAGCAAGCCGCUAUCGCUGUCGCAAUAGGCAUUGCAAUCCGCAUAGCCGUAGCUAUUCCCAUUGUUGGCAUCAAGGUCUUGCUAUGGCUCCUUUCUUUCGUUAUCAAUUUCGAGCAUUCGACGUGGGACAAUGAAGUGGUAGGAGGCCUAGAUUUCAUCCAGAACCAUGUUCUUCAAAUUCCGUUCUUCCUGAUGACCUUGAUGAGAUAUGUCACGCCUACUCUUGACAACAUGUUUAUGGAUUCUCUUCAGUGGGUUGACAAAACGUACUAUGCAAAACAUAAAGACGAGGAUCCUUCGUCCCUUCGACAGGCCUACUAUCCCAAUCUUCGAUUAUACUCUACUCGGGAUGGUAGCACGCACACAAAAAGCACCGCUGAAGCCAUCACGAUGUCUCUGAUCCGAUUUGGGAAAAAGGCUGGACUGUCUUUAGCUGUCUUUGCCUUGUCAUACGUCCCUUAUCUUGGUCGCCUAGUUCUCCCAGCAGCUAGUUUUUAUACUUUCAAAAAAGUAGUCGGUCUUGGGCCUGCAGCCAUAGUUUUUGGCACGGGCAUACUUCUGCCUAGGGGGUACCUGGUAAUCUUCUUGCAAAGUUACUUUGCUUCGAGAAGCUUGAUGAGAGAAUUGCUCGAACCAUACUUCUCUCGCAUAAGGUUUACAAAAGAGCAAAAGAAAAAUUGGUUCCAUGACCGAGAAGGUCUAUUGUUUGGUUUUGGUAUCGGUUUCUACAUCUUCCAGCGAAUUCCUCUCCUAGGUGUUCUCAUUUAUGGGAUCGCUGAGGCCUCGACGGCAUACCUCAUUACGAAGAUUACCGAUCCACCACCAUCACCUGCACAUAGUGAUGGAUUCGCGGCUAGCCAGCAGCAAUGGAGAAACAAGCAUGAAUUCUUGAACCUAAAGCUCUUCCAACUCGACAGCCAUGAC